GAACAUCAAUGAUAAAUGGCUGCUGAAAACCACUUUGUCAUCAAAAUGACAACGGAGAUGCCGAACUCUGACGGCGAGGUUGGGAGCGACAUCAAUGGAAACCCUAACCCUAGCUCGUCUGCAGGCGCACCCCCAUCCCCAGGAGGCCCGUUCGUCUGCCUCACAAGGUUCGCGGGGGAUGCCGCCGGUGGUGCGUUCAUGGGCUCCAUUUUUGGCUACGGUUCUGGCUUGGUAAAGAAGAAAGGAUUUAAAGGAUCUUUUGCUGAUGCAGGCUCUUCUGCCAAGACUUUUGCUGUGCUAUCUGGGGUGCACAGCCUUGUGGUCUGCAUUCUGAAGAGAUUGCGGGGCAAAGAUGAUGUGAUAAAUGUUGGCAUUGCUGGAUGUGUAACUGGGAUUGCUUUAAGCUUUCCAGGUGCACCACCUGCUCUUUUCCAGGGCUGCAUGACAUUCGGAGCUUUCUCAUGCUUGAUCGAGGCACUGAACAAGCAGCAACCUGCAGUAGCAAUGUCUCGAUUGAAUAAUCUUGCUCAUCGGAGUGGUUACCCACAUGUGUCAUCGCCCACUAUUCCUGUGUUGACGUUGCCACCACCUGUGUCAUUCCCUAUUAUUCCUCCAUUGACGUUGCCAAUACCUUCUAACAUGACACAAGCGUUCUUUUCUUUCUGUCGAUCUUUGCCAAAGCCUAAGAUUUCACAAAGCUGACAUUGGUAAUUAGCAGUUAGCUCUUCAAUUCUUUUUCUUCCUUUUUGCUUUUUGCUCUUGAUCAACAUCUUUUAACUACCUUUCAACAUGAUGUGAUCAGAAAAUAGCAGCAGUAAGAUACUCAGUUGGAUGGCACUAAAGUUGAUCAAGGAUUGAAAUUUUACUCUCACUAUACAUUGAAAGGAAUACCGUGUUGAGUUUGAAAUCAUUCUGGUGUAAUCUUCGGUCUUUGAGCUGAACUUUCAUGGAUAUUCAAGGACUCGAUUCUAAGCGGAUGUGAACUGAUAUGCUUGGUUCUCUUGUUUCAUCAAGGCUUUACUUGCAUUCUCUA